UGAGGGGCUGAGGAGGGGAGCGAGGUGCGGCUGCUGCGGCCCUGCGCCUCCGCCAGCCAGGGCCCAGCGGCCCCGGGAGCUCCCGACCGACCGACCGACCGACCGACCACCGGUUCGCCGGCAGAACCCCCCACCCCACCACCAUGUCGGCGGGCGGAGACUUCGGGAACCCCCUCAGAAAAUUCAAGCUGGUUUUCCUGGGCGAGCAGAGCGUUGGGAAGACAUCCUUGAUCACCAGAUUCAUGUAUGACAGCUUCGACAAUACCUAUCAGGCGACAAUUGGCAUUGACUUUUUAUCAAAAACAAUGUACUUGGAGGAUCGAACAGUUCGGUUGCAAUUGUGGGACACAGCAGGUCAAGAGCGGUUCAGGAGCUUGAUCCCUAGCUACAUUCGUGACUCCACUGUUGCCGUUGUUGUUUAUGAUAUCACAAACGUCAACUCGUUCCAGCAGACUACAAAGUGGAUCGAUGACGUCAGGACGGAACGGGGAAGCGACGUCAUCAUUAUGCUAGUGGGAAAUAAAACAGAUCUUGCUGAUAAGAGGCAAGUGUCUAUUGAAGAGGGAGAGAGGAAAGCCAAAGAGCUGAACGUUAUGUUUAUUGAGACUAGCGCAAAAGCAGGAUACAAUGUAAAGCAGCUCUUCCGACGUGUGGCCGCGGCCUUGCCCGGGAUGGAAAGCUCUCAGGACAAGAGCCGAGAAGACAUGAUCGACAUCAAGCUGGAAAAGCCCCAAGACCAGCCGGUCAGCGAAGGAGGCUGUUCCUGCUAAUCUUAGUCUCCUGUGCAGCUCCUCUGUCCAGGACGUCACUGCUUCUGCCCCUACUCUUCAUUGACUGCAGUGUGAAUAUCGGCUUGACCCUCCCUCCCUCCCAGUAAUAACGUGUCGCCAUUCAUCAUUGCUGGCUGUCUCAUGGAGAUGAUCUGUUUGCUUCACAAGCACAAAAAAAAAAAAAGUGUCUGUCUUCAUUAUUUAUAAGAAAAAACAAAAGCCAAAAUAUUCCAGCAUAUUCCAGUGAUAACUUCACAAAAAUAGGUUCGUUUUCUGAACAUCUGUUCCUUUUUUUUAAUCUGUUAUGAUGGUGCACUUUGAAGUGAUGGAAUUGGAGUAGAUCGAAGUUCAGCUUGGGCAGGGAGCAGCAGCCCCCACAGAAACACUUGCCAGUGGGCAUGAGGUGAGGUGGGCCUUUCCCCUCGACCCUCCACUCUCUCUCUCUCUCACUCCCUCUCUCUUCCCCCCACCCUUCCCAACAAACUGGAAAUGGCUAAUCGUUAAUCGUCAGGCAAAACCGGAGCCUCAGGCACCCUCCAGCUUGGGAAAGCACAGGCCUUUUGGGGACAAGGCCCCCCGUCCCCGACCUUUCCCAAGCUGAAACAGGGAGGUUCACCACCAAGACCCCUGGGGACCGGUGUGGAUUUAUUUGUGCGAAAGUUCCACUUGCGGCUUUCUGAGCAGUGACUUGAACGAGUGAACCAGAGCAACUUGAGAGACGCCCCAGUGGAUUUUUGCCCUAGGAAGGUGGCCGCAUUCAGUGCAGAGAAUGCAAACUGGUGUUUUCAGUAGCCACCAAAUGAUUUUUUUUUUUAAAAAAAGGACCGUCCUGGAGGUGGGGUUGAAAAGUCACGAUGGGGUGAUCCCUGUUGAGAUUUUAACGUUGAAACGUGCCUGCUCCAGAAAAAUAAUCUUAGAAAGCGAGAGGCUUUGCAGUGGACAUAGGCGAGGUCAGAUGAAACGGGAAAUCCCCCGGGGUGAUCCGGCACCGCAGCGGCCGCAACCUGUGCCUCCACGGACUGAGACGGGUCCGUCGGAGGCGACCGCAGCCCCCCGACCCCCAAGCGGGGCCAGCCUAGCUUCGAAACGGGGAGGGAGUUAAGGUGAUGCAGAAUUUUUGCCUUUCUUUUUCACCCUUUCCUACGUUCUGUCUUCCUGGUCUAUUUUGUUCCCACUAGGUGUGUAGAGUCGGAUGAAAUAACCGGUAACUUGGUUAGUUUUAUAAUUUAACGAAGCUGCGAACUCACCAGUUUUCUUUGGUAUUUAUUUCGGUGCCUUUUACACUUUUUACUUCGUUCAGGUUUUUUAUUGUCUUUUUGAGGAAUCUGUGUGGAGCUUGGCCAGCAUUUCAAGCUGUUAACACAAGCCCAAACCAACACACUAGGGCCACUUCCCCUUGCCAGGUUAUCGUGAAGGGUUGUGCUGGUGGGUUAAUCACAGUGUACGUUCGUGGUUUGCAGGAGAAUUGCUGAGGGACAGACAGUGCAGGAAGAUUUCUUCCUGUAUUGCAUUACCGUGCUCUCUAACGGCAUCGGGGAACUCAAAUUAGAGUUCCACCUCCAUUGCAGGGCUCACCUCCAAAGCGGGGCCCGCCCCAGUCCACCCCAGCCCCUGCCCUCCCCCCCGCUGUCCCCUGGAAAUAUGCAGAAAAGGCUUGGAUUUGGCCCCGGUCGGAGGUCCCGUAUCUGAACAGGUUUCAGGACUAGCAUUACUCAACACCAGUAACUUCCGUUAGGAGCCGACUGAGAUGUAAAGUGCUUUUAUAAUGCAAUAUUGUUGUUAAAGGCGAGUUCUUUUGACAUGGCAUGUCCGGAAAUAAAUAUCAGUUAAAUAUGACCGAAGGGGUCCCGUUCUUCAUUUCAAAGGAACUGGGAUUUCUGCUGGGCUGAGCAAAGAGAGGGUUGUCCCUUGUUGUGGCCUGUGGUUCUGUCUGGCCUGUUUCUGUUUUCAGUAUUGGUCUAAAGCUCUUCAGCGGAGUUGGGGCUUCCAAAACCGAGCAGUGAGGCGCGUUCUUAUUCCACGUCUGUGUUAACACGAUUUCCGCCACCAAUAAAGUCACAAAUGAAACA